GCCGCCUGUGAUGCUGCCGUCCCCCACCGCCCCGUGGCCCCACGAUGACACGCCGCCCCGCCUCAAGCGAGGACGAGGAACGCCACAGUGCCAGCGAGUGUCCCGAGGGGGGCUCAGAGUCCGACAGCUCCCCAGACGGGCCCGGGAGAGGCCUCCGGGGCACCCGGGGCCGGGGCAGUGGGGCGCCUGGUAGCCUGGCCUCCGUGCGAGGCCUGCAGGGCCGCUCCAUGUCUGUCCCCGACGACGCCCACUUCAGCAUGAUGGUCUUCAGGAUUGGCAUUCCGGACUUGCACCAGACAAAAUGCCUGCGCUUCAACCCUGAUGCCACCAUCUGGACAGCCAAGCAGCAGGUGCUCUGUGCCCUGAGCGAGAGUCUGCAGGACGUGCUCAACUACGGCCUGUUCCAGCCAGCCACCUCCGGCCGCGACGCCAACUUCCUGGAGGAGGAGCGGCUGCUGCGAGAGUACCCCCAGUCCUUCGAGAAGGGGGUGCCCUACCUGGAGUUCCGGUACAAGACCCGAGUUUACAAACAGACCAACCUGGAUGAGAAGCAGCUGGCCAAGUUGCACACCAAGACUGGGCUGAAGAAAUUCCUGGAGUACGUGCAGCUUGGGACGUCUGACAAGGUGGCCAGGCUGCUGGACAAGGGGCUGGACCCCAAUUAUCAUGACUCGGAUUCAGGAGAGACCCCCCUGACGCUGGCCGCCCAGACGGAAGGCUCCGUAGAAGUGAUUCGAACGCUGUGCUUGGGUGGAGCCCACAUCGACUUCCGGGCCCGAGACGGCAUGACAGCCCUGCACAAGGCCGCGUGUGCCCGGCACUGUCUCGCUCUUACGGCACUCCUGGACCUUGGUGGCUCCCCCAACUACAAGGACCGCCGGGGGCUGACCCCUCUGUUCCACACGGCUAUGGUGGGGGGUGACCCCCGCUGCUGCGAGCUGCUUCUGUACAACAGGGCCCAGCUGGGCAUAGCCGAUGAGAACGGCUGGCAGGAGAUCCACCAGGCCUGUCAGCGGGGUCACUCGCAGCAUCUGGAACACCUGCUCUUCUACGGGGCUGAGCCCGGAGCCCAGAACGCCUCGGGGAACACGGCCCUGCACAUCUGCGCUCUCUACAAUAAGGAGACUUGUGCUAGGAUCCUCCUCUACCGAGGGGCCAGCAAGGACGUGAAGAAUAACAAUGGACAGACCGCCUUCCAGGUGGCAGUGAUCGCCGGGAAUUUCGAGCUGGGGGAAUUAAUCCGAAACCAUCGAGAACAGGACACCGUACCCUUCCAGGAGUCCCCCAAGUAUGCCGCCCGGCGACGGGGGCCCCCCAGCGCCGGGCUGACCGUGCCCCCCGCGCUGCUGCGGGCCAACAGUGACACCAGCAUGGCCCUGCCCGACUGGAUGGUGUUCGCCGCCCCCUCCAGGGGGACGCCGCGGGAAGGGCCCACCGGGGGCACCGGCGGCUCAGCGGGGCCCGGCGGCUCCCUGGGCAGCCGUGGGAGGCGCCGGAAGCUCUACUCCGCGGUGCCCGGACGCUCCUUCAUGGCGGUGAAGUCCUACCAGGCCCAGGCCGAGGGGGAGAUCUCCCUGAGCAAGGGGGAGAAGAUCAAAGUGCUUAGCAUCGGGGAAGGCGGCUUCUGGGAAGGCCAGGUCAAAGGUCGCGUCGGCUGGUUCCCCUCGGACUGCCUGGAAGAGGUGGCGAACCGUUCGCAGGAGGGAAAGCAAGAAAGCCGCAGUGACAAGGCAAAGAGGCUCUUCCGGCACUACACCGUGGGCUCCUACGACAGCUUCGAUGCCCCAAGCUUGAUGGAUGGGAUUGGCCCAGGGAGGACUGAAGCUUUCCACGAGUGGACGUCUUACACGGGCGCGCACCCUCGGAGGAUCGCCCCGAGUGUGUUCGUGUCUUCUGUGAGGCUCUCGCAGACCCCCAUCGAGGAGUUCACCCCCACCCCGGCCUUCCCGGCCCUGCAGUACCUGGAGUCGGUGGACGAGGGCGGUGUGGCCUGGCGGGCAGGACUGCGGAUGGGGGACUUCCUCAUCGAGGUGAACGGGCAGAAUGUGGUGAAGGUCGGCCACCGGCAGGUGGUAAACAUGAUUCGGCAAGGGGGCAACACACUGAUGGUCAAGGUGGUGAUGGUCACCAGGCACCCGGACAUGGACGAGGCCGUCCACAAGAAAGCACCCCAGCAGGCUAAGCGGCUCCCGCCCCCGGCCAUCUCGCUGCGAUCCAAGUCUAUGACCUCAGAGCUGGAGGAGAUGGUCUCCCCUUGGAAGAAGAAGAGUGAGUACGAGCAGCCGCCGGCGCCCGUGCCCAGCAUGGAGAAAAAGCGGACGGUGUACCAGAUGGCGCUCAACAAACUGGACGAGAUCCUGGCGGCCGCUCAGCAGACCAUCAGCGCCAGCGAGAGUCCUGUGGCGGGGGGCCUCGCAUCCCUGGGCAAACACCGCCCCAAAGGAUUCUUUGCCACCGAGUCGAGCUUCGAUCCCCACCACCGCUCACAGCCAAGUUACGAGCGUCCUUCUUACCUGCCUCCAGGACCUGGGCUCAUGCUCCGGCAGAAAUCGAUCGAUUCGGGCAUUGAGGAGGUGGACAGUCGGAGCAGCAGCGACCACCCGCUGGAGACCAUCAGCAGCGCCUCCACGCUGAGCAGCCUGUCUGCCGAAGGCGGAGGCAGCGCAGGGGGUGGCGGCGGUGCUGGCGGAGCGAGUGUGGCCAGUGGGCCAGAGCUGCUGGACACGUAUGUGGCCUACCUGGACGGCCAGGCCUUCGGGGGCAGCGGUGCCCCCGGCCCGCCGUACCCUCCCCAGCUCAUGACUCCCUCUAAGCUCCGGGGCCGGGCGCUGGGGGCCAGCGGAGGCCUGCGGCCCAGCCCCAGUGGGGGACUUCGAGACCCUGUCACUCCCACCAGCCCUACGGUCUCAGUGACGGGGGCCGGAACCGAUGGGCUGCUGGCCCUGAGUGGUUGCUCGGGACCCUCGGCAGCAGGCGUCACUGGGGGUCCAGUGGCCGUAGAGCCGGAAGGCCCACCAGUGCCCUUGCCAUCCGCCACCUCCCUGCCUCGGAAGCUGCUGCCCUGGGAGGAGGGCCCCGGCCCACCGCCACCACCCCUGCCCGGGCCCCUGGCCCAGCCUCAGGCCUCAGCCUUGGCCACAGUAAAAGCCAGCAUCAUCAGUGAACUCAGCUCCAAGCUUCAGCAGUUUGGGGGCUCCUCAGCAGCUGGUGGCGCUCUGCCCUGGGCCCGGGGAGGCAGCGGGGGCAGCGGGGACAGCCACCACGGGGGAGCCAGCUACGUCCCUGAGAGGACCUCCUCUCUGCAGCGGCAGAGACUCUCGGAUGACUCCCAAUCCUCGCUCCUCUCCAAACCCGUCAGCAGCCUGUUUCAGAACUGGCCUAAACCACCUCUGCCACCACUCCCCACAGGAACGGGGGUCCCGCCUUCAGCUGCUGCGGCCCCGGGGGCCACCUCACCCUCAGCCUCGUCCUCCUCCACGUCCACCCGCCACCUCCAGGGUGUGGAGUUCGAGAUGCGGCCGCCUCUGCUCCGCCGGGCGCCCAGCCCCUCGCUGCUGCCCGCCUCGGAGCACAAGGUCAGCCCCGCGCCCCGGCCCUCGUCCCUGCCCAUCCUGCCUUCCGGACCCCUCUACCCGGGCCUCUUUGACAUGCGCAGCUCGCCCACGGGAGGGGCCGGAGGCUCGGCUGACCCCUUCGCUCCGGUCUUUGUGCCGCCGCACCCGGGCAUGUCCGGGGGGCUUGGCGGAGCCUUGUCGGGGGCCUCCCGCUCCCUGUCGCCCACCCGCCUGCUGUCGCUGCCCGCGGACAAGCCGUUUGGCGCGAAACCUCUGGGCUUCUGGACCAAGUUCGACGUGGCUGAUUGGCUGGAGUGGCUGGGCUUGGCGGAGCACCGAGCCCGCUUCCUGGACCACGAGAUCGACGGCUCCCACCUGCCCGCCCUGACCAAGGAGGACUACGUGGACCUGGGUGUGACCAGGGUGGGCCACCGCAUGAACAUCGACCGCGCGCUCAGAUUCUUCCUGGAGAGGUGA